AAUACAUUACUUAACAUGGACUAAAGUUUUAUCAUAGUUUUGUGCUGAAUUUUCAUGUUUUUUCUUUUUCUAGUUGCUUCAAAGUUAUUGUACUCAAAGAUUUUGAAUUUUGAAUUAGGUUAUGAUGCUACUAGUGCAAAACCAUUUUAGGUGGUAUUUGAUCUCAUUUUACUGCUAACCAUUGGUUUUUUUAGUUUUGGUUCAAAUGAGUCACUUUUAAAAGUUGUGAUUGGCUAUAUGAAUGCAUUUUUUAUGUUUUUACUGUAUGUGUUCAGCAUCUGAGAAUGCUUUCAAAGGAAUUCUGACCAGUCUUCCCAAGGCAGGAGGUGGUGAGUUUGGAAAGUUCUAUAGCCUACCAGCACUGAAUGAUCCAAGGAUUGGUAAUUUUCUUACUAUCUUUUUAAGGUUUUGAUCAAUAUAAUUUUUUUUUGGUUCCUUUGCUGAUAUUCACUGCAUGAAUAAAUAUAAGUUGCUCAUAAAAGGAAAAAAAAUUGAAAAAGGGGAAAAGAAAGAAAGAAAGAAUAAGUAAAUUACCUUUUAUUUUAAAGUCAGUUCCCAACUUGCCAUGUUGCAUAAGAUUUUAUUUUUAUUUGAAAUAAUUUCUUCUUUCCCUGUUUCAUUGUAGUUUUAUGUAUAAUUUUGAGCCAUUAUUGAUAUUGUUUUCGGAUUCCCAACUAAAAUUGAUUAUAUUUAUAUAAUAAGUCAUAAGAUUUAUAUAGAGCAAUGAAAUCUUUAAUUAAAUAUACUUUUUAAGACACUUUCUCACAGUUUCUGAAACUUGAAAUGUGUGUUAACGUUAAUAUGAUGCUAUGUUGCCUUUUAAUCAUGUCAAAGUCAAGCUUUUCCUUCAUCAUCUUCCUUCUUCCAAGUUUUUGAAAUCCACCCAUUGCCAUUCACAAUCCUGAAAGGAACACACUUGAGCCUUUUGUUUUCAUCUGAUGCUUUUUAGUUUUUUGGCUAUGGUCUCCCUUAUACUUGUAUGUUCUAAUAAAAUAAUGUAAUGUAAGGAUUCUGUCAGCCCAUUUAACUGCUUAGACCAACUUCUAAUUUUUCAUGGGUAGGUUUAAUCUACUUCACCUUGCUAAGGUUUUUGAGGGGUUCUUUGUGGUUUUAUGUGUUCUGAUCGCCUUAUCACAGGUUAUGCAUCUUGAUGCUGAGAAAGAAAUGAUGUCUCAAUGUGUUGCCUUGCUUGGGAAAUUCAUUGCUAUUCGUGAGCCAAAUAUUCGAUAUCUUGGUUUGGAGACCCGGAUGUUGAUGGCCUUAGAUGUUCAGGACAUUAUUAAAAGGCAUCAAUCACAGAUCAUCACCUCCUUGAAGGAUCCAGAUAUCAGUAUUCGGAGACGUGCUCUUGAUCUGCUCUAUGGCAUGUGUGAUGUUUCAAAUGCAAAGGACAUAGUUGAAGAAUUAUUGCAGGUACCAUACUGCUGUUCGCAAACAGUUAACUGUCUUUGAUUUCAGUUGACAUUUACUUAAAAUAUAUAUAGUUGGCCGUAAAUG